CACACACACUCUUGCUUGUACGUGGCAUUUGGAGUGAGAAAAAGAAUGGACGAAAUAAAGCACAAAUACAUUGAAGUUAACGGGUUAAAGCUCCACGUAGCCGAGAUAGGGCCAGAGACAUCACCGGCGGUGGUAUUUCUUCAUGGAUUCCCGGAGAUCUGGUACACAUGGCGCCAUCAAAUGAUUGGGGUAGCAAAAGCUGGUUACAGAGCAAUUACACCUGAUUACAGAGGAUAUGGAUUGUCCGACAUUCCUUCUCAACCUGAAAAAACAUCCUUUGUUGACUUGGUCAAUGAUACUGUUUCCAUCCUAGAUUCCCUAUCCAUUCCUAAGGCGUUUGUAAUCGGUAAAGACUUUGGAGCUAUGGUGGCUUACUCCGUAGCACUUUUAGUCCCAGAGAAAGUUGCAGGAGUUAUAACUCUUGGUGUGCCAUUUAUGCGUCCUGGCCCUCUGACCCGUCAUCAAGCACUCCCUGAAGGUUUCUACAUCCGAAGAUGGCAGGAACCGGGAAGAGCUGAAGCUGAUUUUGGGCGCUUUGAUGCAAAAACAGUAGUGAGAAACAUCUACAUUUUGUUCUCUAAAAGUGAAAUACCCAUAGCCCCUGAGAACCAAGAGAUUAUGGAUUUGGUGGAACCAUCAACUCCUUUACCCUCUUGGUUCACCGAGGAGGAUCUUGCCGUGUAUGGUGCUUUGUAUGACAAGUCUGGAUUUCAAACACCGCUACAAGUUCCUUACAGGUCAUUCACAGAGGCUGUUGAAUAUCCUAAACAAGAUCCUGCUAAUUUGAAAGUAGAAGCUCCAGCACUAUUCAUCAUGGGUGAAAAAGAUUACGUGCUCAAGUUCCCUGGAAUGGAGGACUACUUGAAGAGCGGAGAGGUCAAAAAGUAUGUGCCUAACCUGGAAAUCAUAUACUUGCCUGAAGGUUCUCAUUUUGUUCAUGAGCAAUCUCCUGAUCAGGUGAACCAACUCCUAGUCGAUUUUCUCAGUCGCAACAAAUAUUAGUGGCUGGCUGGAUCUCUGGUUGAGCACUUAAUCUAAAGAUCUUGAGUUUGAAUCCUGUGUUUUCAAGUAGCCUAGAGUCACCAAAAUGUACGUGUCAAUAACCAUGCUACAAAAGGUUUUAUGUAGCCUUUGUAAACAUGAUUUGUGUAUUGGAUCAAAUACCAUUAUAUAUGAUUAUAUAUAUGUAAUGUUGUAUGCGUUGUA